AUGGCGCCGUCGCCGCCGUCGCCAUUGGCGAAUGCGGAUCUGGACGGUGCCAUCACCGCCCGGCGCGAGGCACUCGCACUCAUACCCUGCUACCGCCUUGAGCGUACGGUGAUCUUGUCGAGCUUCGCGCAUGAGCUCAUGACGCGCUUUGAGCUGAGGGGGCAGAGCGCGGAUUUGGACGACGCCAUCAGCGCCCGACGCGAGGCGCUCGCGGUCUGCCCGUGCGAUGACCCUGGCGUGUAUUUCCUCCUUGGCAAGCUGAUGCAAGACCUGGCCGUGCGCCACGAGCGGACGGAGCAGCUCGCGGACGCCGAAGAAAUCCUCGCAACCUGCGAGAAGAGGAUCACCCUCCUGGCUCCGGACCAUCCCGACCUCCAGGAGUCCCUGAUGUCCUUGUUCACGGCCGCGUUGUCCAAUACCCUAGCUGCACAAUUCGAUCGCUCGCGCCAGAUUACAGGCCUGGAGGGCGCGAUUACCGCUGCGCGCAGCGUGCUAGCCGCCGUUCCGCUGGACGAUGCUCUGCGAUCCCAUCAUCUGUGCAGGCUCGGGACGCAGCUGGUCGCGCAUUUCCGGUGCGUCGGCGACGCUGCGAGCCUCGAUGAGGCGGUCGCUGUCUUGCGCAAUGCAUACGCCGUCUGUAAGACGGACCGACGGGAGAUGCGCGCCUGCUUGUGCGAGCUGGCCGUCGCGCUGCAGGCGCGCUACAUGUCGGCGCGCCAGUUCGCGGACCUGAACGAGAUCAUCAUCGCCCGGCGCGAUGCGCUCGCACUGUUCGAGCCCCCUCAGGAACGGGUCGAGACGUUCGAGCUCCUAGGACUCCUCACGGAUGACCUGAGAGAGCGUUUCCGACAGACGGCGGCGCUCGCAGACCUGGACGAGGCGAUUGAGUACUUGCGCGGCUCCCUGGCGCUUCUUGCCGACGAGCCGCUGAAGCGCCGUGCCACGUGCUUCAUCGUGCUUGCCUGCGCCCUCCGCGAACGAUUUGACGGAACAGGGAGUAUCUUGGAUCUGGAAGAGGCGAUUGGCCUGCUGUUUGACGCGCUCAAUACCCUUCCCGAAGACGAUGACCGGUACAUGCUGCUCUACUUCAUGGCGCAGUGUUUGUACUGGCGUCACCAGGAGGCAGGCUUUAGCGCGGACCUUGACGAAUCGAUCGUCGCUUGGCGCGACGUACUUGCGCUCCCGUCGACCGCCGAUCACGAGUAUCGUGCAGAAUUCUUGUGGCGUCUGGCCGACGCGUUGGCCGCUCGCUCUCGGACGGCGGUGGUGUCGGUAGCAUCUUCGGUUGCGAAUGUAGAUCUGGAUGAUGCCAUCGCCGCCCGACGGUCCGCGCUCGCACUUCUGCCCUCUGGCCACCCCCACCGCCCCGCUAACUUGGCGAAUCUCGCGCACGAGCUCGUGGCGCGCGUUGGACUGACGGGACAGGGCGCGGAUUUGGACGGCGCCAUCGUCGCCCAGCGCGAGGCGCUCGCGGUCCUCCGAUGCGACGACAACACCAUGUACGUCUUGCUGAACAGAUUCCUGCAGAACUUGAUCAUGCGACACGAGCGGACGCGGCAGCUUGCGGACGUCGAAGAGAUCAUCGUGACCUGCCACAGGAAAAUAUUUCUCCUACCUUGGGACCAUCCCGAUCUCCCGAGAACCUUGUCCUCCUUGGUCCAAUACUCGCUUUUCCUGUUUCAAGAAACAAAGCGUACUUGUCACUUGCACGAGUUGGUCGCCGCCCUGCGACGGCUGCUCUACGUCCUCGAGCCGAAGCAUCCACUAUGGACCAAGACCAUGGCGUCCCUGUCCAAUGCCUUGGCCAUUCAGUUCGAGCGCGAGCACCAGUUCGGGAAUUUGGAGGAGGCGAUCCGGCUAGCCCGUCGAAUCCUCUCUGUCAUUCCGCAGUACGAUACCUUACGGUCUGAUCAUCUGUGCAGGCUUGGAACGCAGCUUUUGAUUCGCUUCCAGCAGACAUCGAGAAACGUAGACAUGAAUGAGGCGAUAUCGGUAUUGCGCGAUGCCCAAGCAAGGUGCGGAAACGGGCCAAACGAUCCACGCAUUCGCUGCCGAAGCCUAGCCAUCGCGCUGGGAAAGCGCCAUAAACGAACGGGCCACAUCCAAGAUCUCGAUGAGGCAAUAAUCACAUGGCGCACCGGGAUCGCGCAGCUCGCGCACAGGAAGCGAGAAAGCGAUCUCGAUGCUAUAUUUGAGUUCGAAGGGUUCCUCGCGCUCUACCUGACCGAGCGCUUCCGACAAACGCUGGUUCUGGCGGACCUGGAUGCGGCAAUUGUUGGACUCGGCAGGUCGCUGACCAUCCUUCCAACGAAUCAAUGUGGGAGACGUGCUAACCGCUUGAUCACGCUGGCUUCCGCUCUUCGCACUCGAUAUGAAAAGACGGAGAAUGUUGUAAACCUGAACGAGGCCAUAGUCGUUUUGCGCAACGCCGCUGCGCUCCUUCCCCCCGGCGAUCCAACCCGAUCAAGGGCCUCCACAAUGCUUGUGGAGUUAAUGGACAUUCGAUUGGGCCUACCUUCGGCCGUGAUGGAACCUGGAUCGAGCGUCUGA